AUGGGUGACCGGAAACGGCGCAAAAUUCUGUCCGAAAGUCGCAAUGAGGCGAGUCCCUACGAGUUUCGGGAUGGUCAACGAUUCGUUAAACCAUACGACCAUUUAUUUGAGACUUUUGUGAAACGGCGAUGGUUGGGACAAGAACUUUUGAUGGUGAUGAAGAACGAGUUCAAGGCCUUCAAUGGGGAUUAUUAUCAACGUGCGAUUGAACGUGGUUCAAUUCGAAUCAAUGGUGAAACCGUUCCGAGUGACUUCAUACUGAAAAACAAUCAGAGAAUUGAACAUCGUGCGACAAUUUCUGAGCCGCCAGUUCUAGAAUUUCCGAUACGAAUUUUAAUGGGAAGUCACACCCAUUUGGAAUCGAUGUCGAUCAUUGCUGUGGAAAAGCCUGUUGGAAUUCCUUGUCAUCCUGGAGCAGCUUAUCGACUCAAUAGCUUGAUUGAAAUUGUUAAGCAUAAGUCGAGAAUUAUCUGCGACGAAUGUGAAGGAAUGGAUUUAGAGAAGGUUAGUGCGUUGAAUGGUGCUCUCCUUGAGGAUUUGCGCCAUGGGAGGAGACUUCUGCCAAAAGCUCCUCCCAGCUCUAAUGUCGAAGUUUUGCCGCCCUCGAACUGUUGCUGCUUAGCGUCGAUUGACAGUGGCUCCUUGCGACCGCUUCACAGACUAGAUCGCUUGACUAGCGGAAUCGUUGUAUUGGGAAUUUCAUCAGAAGCAGGAAAAACUUUCGAGCUCGCAUUUCGGGAAGGGAGGGUUUCUAAGACUUACGUGGCCCGUGUGGUUGGGGAUUGUCGCCUCGCACUGUCUGGUCACGUCGAGCAAACAGAAGGAACAUCAAAAGCGCUGAAACGCGUUCUUCGUGGCGAAGUUUAUUGUGUUGAUCAAAAAUCCGCAAUCUACAGAUUUGAUGAGGAGAAUACGAAAAAGGGAAAAGAUGUAGAAACAGAACUCGAAUUUGUUUGUUAUGACGGUGCAGCGGAUGAAUCCCUCGUUAUAUUGAGACCAAAAACUGGUCGAACUCAUCAACUCCGGACCCAACUUUUAUACCUUGGUCAUCCAAUCGUUAAUGAUCCCUGUUAUGGUCCUUCAGUCCCUCGAUACCUUGAUUGGUUCAGAAGGGUUCCUCAUGUUCAACUCGAUUCAAGAGAUCCAUCAAAUGAAGACUUUCAUGCCUCAGGAAUCUUUUUACAUGCUUGGAAGUAUUCAAUGGAAAACCGUUUCAGUUUCGAAACACAACUGCCAAGCUGGUGUGCAACAGAUCUCUCCUAG